AUGUAUCAUAGGUUACCAUGGAAAUGCAUCGAUUGGUACUCCUUACGACUGUCUUGUUGUGCUUGUCCACUGCCAAUAGCCUCAAACAAUUUUGCAACAGGUUGCGAAGUUAGCCCAGAUGGUAAUAAAAUCAGCUGUGACUGCAUACCUGGUUAUUUUGGAGCACGAUGUGAGUCUUGCAAUGCUGGUUUUUAUGGUAGUCCUGAAACGCCAGGAGAAGUAUGUAAGGAAUGUCAAUGUUCUGGUAAUAUAAACAAAGAAGAUCCAGGAGCAUGUGACUCGAUUACUGGAAAAUGCACACGUUGUUUAAACAGUACGUUCGGUGAAUCAUGUCAAUACUGUAGGCCAGGGUAUUUUGGAGACGCUGUGAAUUUGAAGGAUUGUCAAGCAUGUGAUUGUGAUAAAUGUGGAAUGGAAAAAUGUGAUAAUUAUAAUGGUCUAUGUGUCUGUCAUCAAAAUGUAGAAGGUGAAAAAUGUGAUAGAUGUGCUGUAAAUCAUUAUGGUUUCGAAACUUGUAAGGAUUGUGUAGAUGUAACCCUGGUGUUGCUGGUAGAAACUUGUGAUCGAUGUAAACAUGGAUAUUGGAAUUAUACUGAAGAAGGAUGCAUAUCAUGUGGUUGCAAAUCAGAAUACAGUGUUGGUGUUAGUUGCAAUCCUCGAACAGGUCAGUGUGAAUGUUUACCUGGUGUAAUUGGAGAUAAAUGUGACCAUUGUCCUCACCAUUGGGUAUUAAUACAGCCAGAGCCAAAUAUGGAUCAAAUGACAGGAGUUGGUUGUUUUGAAUGUGAUACUUGUACACAUUCUCUUUUAAAUGUAACAGAUAGUUUAUUUAUUAAACUAUACUCUGUCUCCAAUGAAUUUAAAAAUGUGGAAAAUGGAUAUUUCACCGCUCAACGUCUAUUAUAUUUAAAUGAUACAGUAUCAAAAUUGAAACCGAAUUUAACUAACCUUAUAUCAAAGAUAACACAUAUAAAUAGAAAGUCCAAGUCAGCUUUAUCAGAUGCUUUAGUAUUAGCAUCAAAAGGUGAUAUAACAAAUAAUAUCGCAGUAGAAAUGAGUUUAGCUAUGGAUGAAGCAGUAUCACAAUCUUCUAAAGCUGUUUUUGAAGUAACUAAUUUGGCGCAAAGCCUUCAAGACGGUGCGGGGCCACAAAUCGAUACAGCAUUAAAUGAAGCACAAAUGUUGUUGGAAGAUAUAAAAAAAUCGCUUCCAGACAUGACAAAUAAAUAUAAUGAGUCAAAAACUUUACUUAAUAAAUCAAUUGAUAUUCAUGAAAAAAUGGCACUGUUUGCAUCACCGUUAGAAACACCUUCUCAAUCAUUAAAAUCUUUAAAAAAUAAAAAAAUAAAGUUUUAUGAUGACAUUGUAGAUAUUAAAAACUAUACAGGUAUUGCUAAAGAUAAAGCAAUGCAAACUGGUUCAAUAAAUGACGCAAACAGAGAAUCGUUAACAAAAGAAAAUGAUCGAAUAAGUUCAUUGACUAAAUUAAAAGAUGUAGCAAAUGAUGGUAUGGAAAUUUUGAUGAAAACAGUGAAAGAGGCAUUAGAUGAUAUAAAAAAAUCUAAGGAUGCAUUUGCAAACAUUGGUGCAGAAAAUGAAUCAUUGAAAGCCACUAAAUCUAGAGUAGAAUCUGCAAUUGAAAUAGAACAACGAAAACUGGAAGAAGUUAAAAGAGGUCUGGAUGCAGCAAAAGAACAUUCGGAUAGACUCAAGGACCAGGCUGAUUUGAUGGUGUCUUUAGUCAAAAAUUCAACCUCUGCAUCUGAAACAGCAAUUGCAGCUGCUAAUUCAUACAAGAAUAUAGUAGCGGAAAUAGAAAAAUCGUUAAAUGCUGCUGAAAAUGCAAGUACUGCAGCAGAAGAAACCAUUAAUAAGUCAAGAGGACUUGACGAAAGAGUUGCUGUAGCCGACCAAAAUUCAACAAAAUUACUGCAGGGCGUUAAAAUGGCUUUAGAACAAGUACAGGGAGGCUUAGAAGAAUCAUUAAAAGAUGCUAAAUAUAAAUCUUCAAUAGUUUCAAAUUCAAAAAAUCAAUAUGACCAAAGAAUUGAUGAGAUAUUUAAACAGUUAGAACAGAUUGUAUCUGAAACUCCAAAACCAGAGAAUAACAUGGAAACUGUUAUGGCCAACGAUGAGAAGUCUCGGAAAUUAAUUGAUAGUCUUGAUAAUGUUGUUCAAUCAUUACCAAAUCAUCUUAUUGCAGCCCAACAGCUCAAUAAAGACACUGAUAAAGCUAUUAAAGAUGUUACACAAUCAAAUAAGCAAUUGGAUACUGCACUAUCACUUUUACCAAAUGCUACUGAUUCUAUUAAUCGUCUGAAAAAUAAACCAGAAGAACUUCAAAAGGCAAUAGAAAAGUUGAAGUCUACCGUAAAAUCACUUCAAACUAAAGUUAUUACAAGCAGAAAUAUGGUGAAUAGAAUUAAAGUUGGUGUAAAUUUAUCCAAGAAUUCAACUCUUGAGCUUCGAAAUCCUGAAAAUCUAGCACAACAAAGUAUAAGCACUCUUGCAUCAAUAUACAUUAAGACAGAUCAGCCAAAAGGUCUAAUAAUGUAUCUUGGAAACGAAGUUGGUACUAGUCGAAGAAUGAGAAGAUUUAAAACUGAUGAUUUCAUGGCACUACAAGUUGAUAAUGGUUAUUUAGUAUUAUUAAUCGAUAUUGGUUCUGGCACUACAACACUUUCUAGUGAUAAAAUAGUUUCCGAUAACAAAUGGUAUAAAGUCGUUGUUGAAAGAACUGGUAAAACAGUGAAAUUGGUUGUACACGACGAUGUAGGAAAAGGCUCAAAUUCUAAUGUAACAACUUAUUCUAAAGAAACAAUUCUUCCCGGAAAUUCUUCUAGUUUAAAUUUAGAUAAAGAUCACUCAAAAUUAUUUGUAGGAGGUUUACCUGCUACAUUCCAAGCCCAAAAUGACAUAGUAGAUCAAUCGUUAGAAGGUCGUGUUGAAGAUCUAAUGCUUGGAAAUACAUUUGUUGGCCUUUGGAACUUUGUAGAUUCUUCAGGUGUAAAUAGUGGAUCAAUUGAAAGGAAUAAAUUUAUGAACACAUCAAGUUCUGGAAUCCGAAUGAAUGGCGAAGGAUAUGUUGUUAUAGAAUCUCUUUCUUACCAAUUGAAAUCUAAAUCAUCUAUUCUUUUAAGUAUAAAAACCACAUCUACUGACGGACUAAUAUUUUUAGCAUUUAAGGACAAUACUUUUAUGUCUAUUGAACUGGAAGGAGGAAAUAUUGUUUUUCGACUAAAUUUGGGUGGCGAUACUACAACAAUAAUUUCUCCUCUUUCAUAUAAUGACGAUAAAUGGCAUACAAUUGAGGCAUCUAGAGAUGGUAAACAAUCUAUACUGAAAAUUGAUGGAGAAAUCAUAGACAGCGGAGUAUGCAAUGGAAUAGGAACAGAUCUUCAGGUUUCUGAACAUUUGUACAUCGGUGGUUAUCCAAAAGAUCAUGGAAUUAAAGAAGUAUCAAUGUUAAAAUAUGAUGGAUGUUUAGACAAUGUACAAAUUACUUCAGUACAAGUAAAUCUCAACAAGAAUGUUGAUGCCCAGGGUAUUAUUUCUGGAUGUUCAGAAAAGAUUACCAGCCUUGUAUCAUUUAAGGCAGGCAGUAGAGGCUAUGUCAGAUCUCCAAAAUUAGUCGCAUUAGAUAAUUUAAUUGAAUUAAUAUUAAGAUUUAAAACUACUCAAUCAAAUGGUUUACUAGUAUAUGGUAAAGAUGGGUCUGUUUUUUCAUUGCGUAUAAAAUCUGGAAUCUUAAUAUUUGAAAGUGGGGGAAUUCGUGUUUCUUCCACACAGUCUACACGAUACGAUGAUGACCAAUGGCAUGAUGUAUUUGUUGCGCACACAAAUGAAGAGCUUUUGCUACGUGUUGAUGAUUUUGAUAAUUUCCAAUCUGAAAAACGUCCAUCACCAGUGCGGUUCUUAUACUCUGACUUUUUCUUUGGUGGUGUACCGCCGGAAGUUGAUGCAGAAACUUCAAUGUCCGACUCGUUUAUUGGUUGUAUUAGUGAUGUUACAUUCAAUGGGAAAAUAAUUAAUUUUGCUCAGCUUACUGAUGCACCUAGAGCUAUAAUAGGAAGAUGUACGGAGACAUCACAAUCUGGAUUUAGUGUACCAGAGUUCAAUAAUACAAUGAAACCAAAAAAACCUCCCCUAAGGGAUGAAGCAGAUAUGAGUAUCCUGUCACCUUUUCUACAAACUACUCUUUCUCCUACACUUGUCCCAGAUGAAAUAACCUAUCCCCCAGUAGGAUUAUGCGCACUAUCACUAAAUCCACAAUUAGAUACUGAUUUAAAUAAAGAUAGUGGAUUUAGAUUUGGAAAUCAGGUGGGAAGCCGGUUCGAAUAUGAUUCAAUAAUGAUAAAAACUAAAAAUAACAGAAACGAUAUUUCAGUAGAAGUAAAAACUUUUAGCACAGAUGGAAUAAUAUUUUUUGCCCACCUUUCCGACGAAACUGACUUUAUGGCUGUUUAUUUGACUGAAGGAAAAGUCAACUAUCAAUUAAGCUGUAACUCUCAACCAGCUACAAUCAAAGCUCAAUGGCCAAUUAACGAUGGAGAGUGGCAUUCUAUUAACUGGACUAGGUCUAAUACAAAUGCUGAGUUAUCUGUAGAUGGUACACCAGUUGGAUUCAGUAGUAUGUCAGAAUGUAAAAACACAAAUUCCCCAUUCUAUUUUGGAGGCACUAAUCCAAUAGCUUAUCAAAAAGUUAUUGAAUUUAUAGGAAUGAAUGUAACAUUUGAAGGUUGUUUGCGCAAUUUUAAAGUAAACUCUAAAGAUUUAGGAACUCCUAGUCAUAAAUAUGGUGUAACCAAAUGUUCAGACAAAGUUGAAGAAGGAGCAUUUUUCUAUGGAAAUGGCGGUUACAUCAGACUAUUGGAAAAAUUCGUUAUUGGUUCAGAAAUUGAGAUUUUAAUGGAUAUAAAACCAAGAAGUGUUGAUGGAAUUUUGUUGUCAGUUCAAACAGUAAAGAAAAACUUUUUAAUUUUGGAAAUGAAAAAUGGAACAAUAUCAUUUUCUGUGGAUACUGGUAAAGGUCCAAUUUCUGCUUCCUUUACUCCAACAUCUCCUUACUACUUAUGUGAUGGCUUAUGGCAUAGAAUUAAAGCUCUGAAGCUAAAAAAUGUUGUACAGUUAGGUGUAGAUAAUAUGUUUGCGACACCAGACCAGUAUGGUAAAGGAGGAACAUCUAGCAUUAAAUCAAGCAAAUCAUUGUACCUCGGUGGUAAUCCGAUAUACAACAAUCGUCAAUCUAAUGGAUACCUAGGAUGUAUACGGAAUGUUGAGAUAGUUCACAAUAAUUUACAUGAAAAAAAUAUAUUUAAGAAGUUUCCAACCCAGUUGGUGCAUGGCGAUGUGGCAUUAAGUGUUUGUCCAACAAUUUAA